AUGCUCGCAGUCUCGACGCCCUCAAUCCAUCGCAAUCGACGACAAGACCAUCGAAGCGAGGCGAGAGCCGGUCAGCGAUCCGCUUCCUGGACCCGUGGCACAGUAGAACCGGUUUUAAACCCGCUGGCAGUCACUCCUCGACACAAAGAGCACCACCACCACGUCGAGUCCGACGUGACGACUGACGACCGUUUGUCGCCGAAAGUCCCACGUAAAAAAAGAGCUCUUGGGCCAUGGCCCGACGUCCUCGUGUUCCGAUUGGUCACUUCUCGUACUUUAGGUGACGAAUCAGAGAGUGACGACGUUUCGUGGGGUGAGCCCGAGCGCGACGAGGAACUGGAGAGUGACGAGGAAGAGGAAGACAGUGAGACGGAAGAAAAGUGGACGGACGGAGGCCUGGAAAGCGAACGAGAGGAAGAUGAAGGGACGGAGGAGGAUCGGAGGUGGUGGCAGUCGAAAGAGGACAAGCGGACGUGGGAGAAACGCUAUUGGCAAGCGGAUGCAGCUUUUCGAAGACGCUUUGGCUGUGCAAUCGACACGCCACUGCACCCCGAGCUCCAAAGGAGGGAGCGACGAGAAGAGAUGCGAUGGAAGACGGUCAAGUUUGUGCUAGCGAGGGUGGUGCUUGUGCUCUUUUUUGUGCUAGUGGCACUCGUGGUCUCGGUUCCGUCGCGGACGAUUUUGAUGACGACGUGGCGAGAUGGUGUGGCAGUCGGGAAUGAGGUUGUGGAAUGUGGAGGUGGAGGAGCUCUUGCUGGUGGGAAGAACGAUGGACAACGGGAUGCUAGCUUAUGGCCUUCCGGUCGAGUUGUGGUUCCUGAGUACGUGCACACUGGCCUGCAGCUAUGUGCAAAGCUCUCUCGACGUGUGGUCGAGUCGGAGCACGACACAGCAGCUGUUCAACACGCUUUGCGUGCUUGUGAUAUUGCUGCGAAUUUUGCGCCAGAGAGUUCGCGCGAGUCUGUUGAAGCGCAUGUACUUCGCGGCGACCUGCACAGCUUGUUACUGCGGUUCGACCGUGCUGAUGAGGACUACAAAAGUGCAGCGACGGCAGUUCGAAACGACAAAAAGAGCAAUGCAGACUUGUUGCGAUUCUUGCAAGCCUUGGACGUCAAGAUACUGGCCAAUCGAUGGACACAACUGUACGCGACAAAGAGGUAUGACGAAUUAAGACGUGAGGUCAAAGCUCGUGUGGCUUUGAACAAUACUGCAGACGCAGAGGGCAGUUAUGAGCGUGCGGUCAGCGAGCUGGCAGCAGAUUGGCUUAGUGCGUUUCAACAGAAGAAGCCGAUAUUGAAAGUACUGACACUACAGCGGAGCUGGACGUUACGUCGUUUAAACUACGAAGCUGUAGACAGUGACAGGACAGGUGUAACUUACAGUGUCACUGUGUAA